UAUUUUAGUUCUACUUCAACGUUUGCUAGCUAGUUAGUAGUUACUAUAUACACCACCAGACCAGGCAUAACCCCUCUUCUUUUUCUUAUUUCAACCACCAAGCCGGCAAAUCAUAUUAAUAUAUACACUUAUUUUCCUAAAAAUACCAUCUAUAAAUAAAUAAACACGGAGAGAAUCUUCAUUUGCUUCAACACAAGGCAGGGAAAAACAAAACAGAAUAAUAAUAAUGAAGCAUAUGUUCUUUCUAUUUUUCAUAGUUCUCUAUGUGAUCUCACUACUCAACGUAGAAGCAGACGAUGAGUUUGUGAAAACAAGAGGAGUGCAGCUUAUGCUGAACGGAAGCCCUUAUUAUGCCAAUGGUUAUAAUGCAUAUUGGUUAAUGUAUUUUGCUUCUGAUCCAUCUCAAAGGAACAAAGUCUCAUCAACUUUUCAAGAGGCUUCAUAUCAUGGACUUAACAUAGCAAGAACAUGGGCUUUCAGUGAUGGUGGUUAUAAACCCCUUCAAUACUCUCCUGGAUCCUACAAUGAGGAAAUGUUCCAGGGGUUGGACUUUGUACUAGCUGAAGCCAGAAAAUAUGGGAUAAAGGUAAUUUUGAGUUUGGUGAACAACUAUGAGGAUUUUGGAGGGAAGAAACAAUAUGUGGAGUGGGCAAGGAGUCAAGGCCAAUCCAUAAACUCUGAAGAUGAUUUCUUCACUAAUCCUGUUGUGAAGGGAUACUAUAAAAAUCACAUUAAGACAGUGGUUACAAGACGCAACAGCCUGAGUGGAGUUGCUUACAAAGACGACCCUACAAUAAUGGCUUGGGAGCUUAUGAAUGAGAUUAGAUGCCCUUCAGAUCACUCAGGAAAUUCGGUUCAGGGUUGGAUUAGUGAGAUGGCAUCUUACUUGAAAUCCAUAGAUGGAAACCACUUGCUUGAAGCUGGUUUGGAGGGUUUCUAUGGACAGUCAAAGACAGAGUCUAAUCCUAACUUCCAAGUUGGAACCGAUUUCAUUGCAAACAACCAAAUCCCCACCAUCGAUUUUGCUACACUACACUCCUACCCGGAUCAAUGGCUAUCUAAUUCAGGCUAUGAGGACCAAAUAUCUUUCUUACGUGGCUGGCUCAAUGAGCAUAUCCAAGAUGCACAGAACAUCCUUCACAAGCCACUUCUAUUUGCAGAGUUUGGCAUUUCAUCUAAAAACUUGGGCAGCAGCAAUAACUCAACAAAGAGGGAUCAGUUUUUCAAUACUGUAUAUUCAGCAAUAUAUUCAUCAGCAAGUGGUGGUGGAACUGCUGUUGGUGGCUUAUUUUGGCAACUUCUUGCUGAAGGAAUGGAUUCUUUCCGAGACGAUUACGAGGUGAUACUAGCCGAGAGCCCCUCAACAGCUACCUUGAUUGCUCAAGAGUCUCAAAAGCUCAAGCGAAUUCGCAAGAUGUAUGCCAGACUCAAAAACAUUGACAAGUGGAACAAGACAUAGAUAUAUCAGUGAUAUUUAUAUUCAGAAACUGAUGAUAAAAUUUUAUUUGGAAAACUAGCAAGAUACAUGUGAUUUCACACGGGUUGCGUAGUCUACUACGCACGUUUGUGAACAUUUAUUUUCUUAAAUUAGAUAACUCGAGGUAUUUCAACUA